AUGACUGACUCCAAAGAGACCGUUCCAAAAAGUGAACUAGGUUUUACUAAAUACCGUGAAGAUGCGACAACCACCAGUUUAAAUUACACUGAAAGGAAACAAUUGUUAAGCUCUGUCAGUGACUCUUCACCUUUGGAUAAUGAUUCCGAUAGGAACUUACUUGGACAAACGUCAAAUGAGGACCACCAAAAUGCUGCAGAAAUUAAAAGACAUAAGGAUUAUCAAAAUGCAGCAGAAAUAAAAAGACAAAAAAAAGAACGAUUUGAUCAAGACAAAAUUUGGAUGGAAAAGCACAUGAAAAAACAUCUAGCUGCUUCUAACCUUUGUUCCUGGGAAAAAUCAUUGGAAAGUAAUGAUGAAGAUGCGGAUUUCGAGGCUUAUACCGAAUUUUGGAAUAUAGUUGAAGUUGAAAAAGCUUAG